AUGCGUCUCACCUUCUUCAGCAGCACCAUCUUCACCCUUCUCACCCUCACCUCCUCACACGUCAUCAAAAGAGAUGUUCGUACCGUCCUCAGCGACUUCUCUACCCUCACCGCGCACCUGGACACCUUCAGUGCAGCCGUCUAUAGCUAUAGCGGUGGAAUGCCGGCCGCUCUGGAGAUCCAGAACCAGGAAACUGCCAUUGAGCGGGCUAUCGACCAGACCGCAAUGGACACCAAUGCCACAGCUCCCUUCAGUGCCGUUGACAGCACUACCGUGACUGAGACUCUGACCACUUUGGAGCCAGUCAUGCGGAGUUCAAUUGCCGCGCUGGUCAACAAGCGACAGCAGUUCAUGGCCGCCGGCGUGGGCCAAGCCAUGCAGAACAACCUGCGCAGUCUCAAGAUGAAGACCGAUGGUCUUUCCGCUGCGCUGCAGAGCAAGGCAAGUGGCUCGGACAAGGAGACCAUCCGCCUGGGAACGGGGGAUGUCGACGAUGCGUUCGAUUCGGCCAUUGAUGCUUAUGACACUCCGGCAAAAUAAGUGGUCAGGUGAUGGCCAAGAGCCAGUACAAAGGGGCUGAUUGGGUCGUUUGUGGCUCGGAGGUGCUUAUUUUGACAACGUUGUCGAUCAAGUUCU